AUGCUGUUCUUGUUAUUACUUUCCGUUCUCGGUGUGCUACUGGUGUAUCAAUUUCUGAAGGAAUUUUUCGGUGCACGCCACAUCGACAAAAUUCCCACCGUUCUACCGGUGCAUCCAAUUGUCGGUCAUAUUCUGAUGUUUAUGGGAAAAUCUUCCGAGCGAGCUUUCUGGUUGACGGUGAAAUAUUUCUCCCAAGUCGAUCGUCUCGGGAAGAUUAUGUUCGGUCCGAAGCCGUUCGUCCUGGUCAACCAUCCUGAUCUGUUGCAGCAGAUACUCACGAGCAAUGAUGUGCACGAUAAGCCAUUUUUCUACGAUUUCGUUGGACUCGGCGGUGGACUAAUAACGGAGGGAUCCGGCGAAAGGUGGCGCCGUCUACGAAAGCUUUUGAAUCCCACUUUCAACACUCGGAUGUUGAACAGCUUUUUGCCAAUCAUGGAUUUUCGGGCAAACAAAAUGAUUGCGAAGCUGCGAUCUCUGGCGGACGGUCAGACUGUCAUCGAUAUUAGCAAGUUCACCGAAGAAUGCACACUAGAGAUGGUCUUCAGCACCACGAUGGGAAGAAAAGCACUGGAACUGCCCGGUCAGCGAGAAUAUACCCACCAUCUUAAAAUAAUUCAAAAUCUGCUGGGAGAACGAAUCUUGAACACUAACCAAUAUUUGGGAUUUAUGUAUCGAAUGAGUGAUGCAUAUAAAAGAGAACACAUAUCACGAGAUUAUUGUAAUAAGUUCACGGACAAGAUAAUCAUCGAAAGACGUAAGGAGCUUGAAAACACGAUUGGCACUGAGGUAGAAGAAGAUGAAUUUAAAACAAAAUCUUUAAAUUUUCUGGAUGAAGUCCUAGCCAUAAGAAAAGAAAAUGACUUAACCUUUUCCGAUCAAGAGAUUUCUGAUCAUCUCUACACUAUCAUGACCACAGCCACCGAAACAUCUGCCAUGACGAUCGCCUACACGUGUCUCUUUCUGGCGAUGCACCCGGAAAUCCAAACGAAAGUACGAAACGAAAUGAAUGAAGUAUUCUAUUCUCCCACCGUAGAUAUCAACAAUGAUACCCUCAAACAGCUGGUAUACACCGAAAUGGUCAUCAAAGAAGUGCUUCGUAUCUGCCCUGUGGCACCUCUUAUCGCACGUCAAACCGCCACGGAAAUAGUACUCGACGGUGUUCGAAUACCGAAGGGUCAAAUAAUUGCGAUGUGUUUCUUUACCCUACAUCGUCGGAAGGAUAUUUGGGGAUCGGAACCGGAACGUUUCGAUCCGGAACGGUUUCGGCCGGAGACGUGCCAAGGGCGCCAUCCUUUCGCUUACCUGCCCUUUAGCGGAGGGCUACGCAACUGCAUCGGCGCACGAUAUGCCAUGAACUCAAUGAGAAUAAUGCUGCUGAGAAUUUUGCAGGAUUUCGAGAUCCACACUGAUCUAAAAUACUCCGACUUUAGGUUUAAAUUCGAAAUUUCCCUCAAUCUGACGAUUCCAUACAACGUGCGAUUGGUGAACGUGAAAAAAUGA